AAAAGUCUGCGGCUCCUUUAAGACCUGCCUGCUUCCUCUUCCUUUCUCUGCCUCCGCCCCUUUACAUUGGCUCGUACCAAAGCCCAGAGGGGAGGGGAGGGGCGGGAACAACCCACCCCGGCGCCAAGCAAAGGAAAGGACUGGAGAUGGAGAAGCGAAGGAGGAGGAGACGCAAACAAAACUCUCUACUUUGGUUUUGACGGAGGUUGCAGUGUCCUGAGAGCAAAGCUGAGGCAGUACGGUUCCGCCUUCCUGCGUCUUUGCCUCCCCCGGACUUCAGGCCACUUGACCUGAGAUGGAGGGUGUUUCAGCUGAAAGCCCUCAAUUAAACCUGGGCUCUGUGAAUGGCUAGAGGAAUGGGGCCUCGGGGAAACGAGCUGAUUUCUCCCAUCUCAUAAAGGCUUCAACUGUUCCCAGGGGAUGGCAUCUGCUCCUAUCAUGAAUGAGGAGAAAAAGCCCAGCUGGCCAUCUCAAGCUUCAGCCUCUUGGAGUGGAGGGUCGAAGGUUUCAUUAUCCUGUUCUGAGGAAUUCCUGACCCGGAUCAGCGCAGAACUCACUGAUGAGGCCUUAUGUAUUGCUCGCUGUAUGAACCCUGGGCCGCCUGUCAAGGAAAAGCAAACAAAAGACCAAGGGACACAGAUCUCCAGACAUGCAUUCUUCACCAACAAUACUCGAAGCACAGACACCCGUGCUGACAAAAACCGUACUCGAAACAAGGCACAUCUCCUGCCAUCUCCUCGUGAAAAGCUUCAACUGGGACAGGAAGGAAAGGAAUCAUGGAACUUCCUGAAGGAGGAGACACUAAAGAAAGAACCUUCCAGCAAAGCAAAGGCUGAUAGGGGGAGCUCUGAACAGCAGCUUGACAACUGGGGGAUGAACCCUACGUCUGGCCUCUUCUGCCCUCCUUCCCCCAAUGGCCCAUGCUUGAAAGCUACUCUUCUGCAACUUGUUAAGUCCUUCAUUUGUGAGGGAACCCUUGGUCAUGCCUGAAGCCAACACAAGUGUUCUGGGACUCUCCACCCUCUGCCAACAAGUCCAGAACCAGGAAAAAAAGGCUUUAAUAAAGAGUU